AUGAAGAUAUACUUAAAAAUCAAUCAAGUGAAUAAAACUGUCAUUCAAGAACAAUUUUUAAUUAAUAUACUUGAUCGUAAACAAUUAAGUAAUAUACAAUUUGAAUUAGCACUUAAUCAAAAUAUGCAUCGAUGUCAAGUUAUUCAAACAAAUAUAUUAAGUGAUCAAAUAAAAAAUGCUAAAAUAGUAAAAGAAAAAGUUCAACGAAAAGUUGAUCAUGCUCUUUUAAAAAUAGAUGAAAAUAUACAAUCAUUUUCUAAACCAACACAAAUAUUAUCUCGUUUAACAUAUAAUAGUCUUGUUAAACAAUAUAAAUCUCUAAUUGAAAGUAAUCAAGAAUUAUUAAUCAUAGAUAAAAAUAUAAACAAUGAAUUAUUACCAAAUUUACGUUCAUUACUUGAACAAGGGUGUGGGUGUGGGUGUUCAUUAGAUCUUAUACGACAUAUAACAUAUAAUAUAUCAUUAUUAAUUAAAGAAAAUGGUUCAAUUGCUGAAAAACCAUUAAUGAAACAUUUUCAGCAACAACAAAUUUUAUUUCAUGUAGAUUUUCAAUUAUUACUUAUUCGUUAUGAUAUGAUAGCAUUAGAAGAUCUUAUGGUUCUAUUAAUUGUUAGUAAAUUAGCUAAACCUAAUGAAAUUAAAUCUUAUGCCAAAACAAUAUUCCGUCUUAAUUUAUUAAUUAUGAAAAAACAAUUAUGUACAACAGCAACUGAUCUUUUUCAAUUACUUUAUCAUGUUCUUAAACUUGAUCGUCUCAAACGAAUCAUUGAUAUGAUGACAAUAAUUAAAAACUAUAUACAUUCACAUCCAAUAAAUACAUUCAAUGCACUCAAACCAUUAAAAUUAGAAUUCGAUUUUAAUAAUUAUGAUAUGAAAUUUUUACAUGAUUUAAAACUUUUAAGUGAUAUAUGGUAUAAAAGAUAUUUAUUAUCACAAACAAAUGAAACAGAUCGAAUAGUUUCAGAAAUAAUUGAUGAAGAACAAGAACAAGAAGAUCAAAAUCAACAUAAAUUUCAUUCGGCAAUAGAUGAAGAUUUUGAUUUAGAUGCAUAUAAUGAAUUAUUCAAAACUAAAGAAUUACAAUCAAACAUCAGUGAACAGCAUAAACAAGAUUAUCUUGAAAUAGACAAACUUUAUAUUGAUGAUCAAUCAAUGAAAACUUCGGAAGAAAUACAACAAAUAAUUGAAGAAUCAUCAAGUGAAAAACGUUUAUCACAAAUUAGAACAUUAUCUCAAACAUCGAAAAAAGAUCAAAUAAGAAUCAUAGGUGAUUCAAAAUAUUUUAAUCAAAUUCCACAACAUGAAUACUUUGCAAUUCAACCUAUAUUUCGAACACAUCUUGAAGUAGCUAUUCGAACACUUGAUAUAGAUUUACAACUAAUAGGGCAAAUUUUUAAUGGUAAAACAUUAACAGAUAUUAUUCCUAAUAAACCAUCAAUUAUAAUAAAAACAUCUUUGCAAUCUAUGACACCGAUUGAAUUACAAAUUGAUAAAGAUAUAACAUUGAUUCGUAAUAAUUUAUCAACAAUAGCUAUGAAUAUGAAAAAUUUUGAUUAUUCAGGAAAUUUAAUAGAACAACCUUUAUGUCUUGUUGAUGAACAUAAUAUGCCAAUUUCAGAUGAACUUAAUCUUAUUAGAUUACCAUUUGAAUCAGAUCAUUUUCAUAUUUCAAAUGAUAAACAAAUUGUUGAUAAAAAUGAAAUAUCAUUAUCUGAACCAAUUACUUUUAAACAAUUGACAUUAGAAUCGAUUAAAUUUGAAUAUGUUGAUGAUGAUCGAAAAACUAUUCAAGUUAUUGAAAUAUCAUCAUCAUUCAAUAUAUAA